AUGUGGUCCCUUGUGGUGGUAGCGGCAUUGUUCGCGACCGCGCGGUCCAAGCAAUUACCACACAAUGCAGAUUUACCAAAUACAGCGGUGGCUACAGUCACCGAAUCCGACUCGGAAUGGCCGGAAGCGCUCGCACCACUUGACACCCUCGCCGUCGCGUGCGAGAGGGACAACAUGCACGUCACUAUAUCGCUCUCAACUAGUCAUGCUAACAGUGUCUACGACUCAUUCAACGGCAUAGUCUACCCAGCUGGGCUGGGCAGCAACUCAACAUGUCUCCGAGAAUUCGUUUCCGCCCGAGGUGAUCUCCAGUACACGCUUCCACUGAAGGGCUGUAACACAAUGUCUACUGAUAAUGAGGACGGAACAGUGGAAUACUACAACAAUAUAAUAGUGCAACCUCAUUUGCGCCUUGUGACUGGUCAAGGUCGGGGCUACCACGUCAGGUGUCGCUACCGUAGGCGAGACCUCACGCUUUUCCAUCUGCACAGACCACACGCUGACAGACUCACUUCCAGGACUGAUAUACGAGAUGAGUACGACGAGGAAUCCGGUUUAUUACCCUCUGUAACUAUGAAAAUCUUUAAGGGUGACCCCGAAGAAAAACAGGUGGCGUCAAACGUUCGCAUAGGUGACACGCUCACGUUAGUUGUGUCAUUAGAAAAACAGAGGAAGUACGGCCUUCUGGUCUCCGAGUGCUCGGUGCGGGACGGACUGGGAUGGGCUGAACAGAGUUUGAUCGCUGAUGAUGGCUGCCCAUUAGACGGCGAAAUAAUGGGCCUCUUCCAGUACAGCGUGGAGAAGCAAGAGGCGAAGGUUUCAUUCCCAGCUCACAAGUUCCCUUACACGGCCAGCGUCUACUACACGUGUGAGGUCAAACUGUGCGAUCUCAAUCAUCCCACAGAUUGUGAGCCAUGUUCGCAUAAGAAGCGCGUGCGUCGUGACACGGAGGAAGGAUCGCCCGCAACAGUCGAAGUUUUCUCCGGACUUUACGUCAACGAAGCAGAUUCGCUGGACAACGAUGACGUUGUUAGCGAGAAGAAAGAAGACGAAAUAUGCAUUUCCCAACGCAACUUUGCCAUUGGAAUAUGUAUAGCCGGUGUGAUUUUAAUGAUUUGCGUCAUAGCAGCUAUAGCCUUUAUUCUAGCACGACGAAGGAACCCAAAAACUUAUUCAAGAACUGGCAGUUCCCUAUACAGUGGCCCGUAUACCAACACUGGCUAUUCGCAUACAAGUUAA